CGUCUCUGGCCCGAAAGAGACGGAGGGGGCUGAACUUCAAAGGAGCACUGACAAAGAUACUUAGCCCAACCCCAUCCAUCCAUGCUGACAAUGGCAGCACUGCAUCUUUGAGGAGCUUCAGUGGUAGCAAGAGCCCUGUGUCUGGUACACCCCCAUACAGUCAGUCAGUGCAAGUGAACCGGUUUCCCAGCUCACAAAUCCCCAGUACAGCAGUGCAGAGAGUCCAGAAGCCCUUGCUGCUUUGGUUCAUCAUCAAAAAUGUUCCGGGACAGAGUGUCAGGUCUCCUCCUCAGCAAAUAUUCUCACCUGUUAGUAAGAUACACAGUAAUGAACCACCUGGGGAGCAAGGCCUGUCUCAUCCUUUUAGUGGAGACUUUGCAAUGUCUUCAGAGGAAAUGAGUCCUCAUAAACCUGCUGUGGAAGAGCCAGGUGGGAUAUUUAUGUUCCAAGAACCAGAUGGAGCUUAUAAACCAGCUGCUGCAGAUGAAGACUUGCAUACUAUAGCUGAUGAUAUAAUAAAAACUAUACCAGAAAGGCACUACGAGCCAGUAACAGUGGGCCAUUUAGAACCUAUUGCCGAGAAAGUGUCAGAAGGGCACCUAGAAUCCAUUGCUGAGAAAGUACCAGAAAGGCAUUUUGAGUCGAUGACAGGAGGACAUUUAGAACCCAUUGCAGAAAAACCUUUUGAAAAUAUGUCCACAGUUAGCUUAGAACCAAUUGCAGAAGAAAAGCCAAAAUCAGAACUAGAGAUGUCACAAGAGACAGGGAAUUCUGAAGCGAAAGAUAAGUUGGGAGAAUGGGUAUCCUUCACUUGUAAGAUCAAGUGCAUAGAGAUUGACCUUAAUUACAUACUGAAUCCAAGAAAAUGUCACCACAUUUUUAUCACUCACACUGACGAUAUAUUGUCAAAAAAACAAAUUUUCAUCCUUCUUUGUUCAUAUACAGAGAUUAUUUUGAGAAUGUUCAUGGCACACUUAACUUUUUUGCUCAGGCCAAACUUGUUCUUCACCAAACAAAUCAAAGUUGUCCUUAUAUGUAGUGUGUCCUAUACUGCUAGAGGCAAAGCAGAUUUGCUUGCAGAUGACUGUUCUUUUUUCCAAGUGCCUCAUCACGACAUGAAAGUGUGCACAAGUAUAGCUAAAACAGGAACUUUUACUUUAGAACAUACCAAUUGA